AUGAGUGCGGAUAGACCAGCUACUAGUUUUGGUGAUUCCAACACCGUUCCCCUUACACCGAAAGAAACACCAACAUCCGCCCAAUUCCCACCGGCCGUCUUCGAGACCCCAAAGGCCAACCAGGGCAGCUUUGACGACCUGUCCGGUUGGACCCCACGCUUCGCCGAAGAAUACUCUGUUUUCAACAAUACGCCAGGGAAUCUGCGGGGCACAUCAGGCCCGUUUCCUAAGCUCCCUGACUCUAUACAGCUUUCUUCGAGCCAUAAAAGGUUGCUCUCUGCCGAUAGUAUAGCCGCUGAGAUAGCAUCUCAUGCCAAUCACUACUCGCCAAACCCGGCCCUCCCUUUACCACCUGUCGACCCGUCUCGUCGGCUGCCAUCGUCACCCUCCACCGCCGGACCCUUUCCCAGUCCUAUAGAAGCGGGUUGUCAAAACGAUUCACAACAGAGAUUAGGUAAAAAGGUUCGCCGUGGAACACUGGUGCAUUCGCCCUCACAAACUGUCACGCCCCCGCCGUCGGCUCGUAAGAGUGAACGGCGGCUUGCUCCAAAGCCGCACACUAACAGUAUGCAACAUGAGGAAUACGAAAAUGAGUUCACGACGGGAAUGCCGCAACAGCAACAUAUGCUUGGCAGUUUCGUCAGCGCGCCUAUGGAUAUGUUUGGGAUGCCAUUGUCGGCCCCUGUGACAGCACCCGUUUAUGACGAAACCCAGAGCUUUUGGGAUCCGGGCAUGAGUGGAAUGGACAUUGACUUUUCAAUACCCGUGGCCAAUUCUUUCCAUGGCACCACUAACCAUAGGUCCAUGGAGUCACUGGACUGGGGGGUUACCAACGAGAUGUUUCAGGAGACGAACGUGGUACCACCUAAGAACCAAGAGAUCCAACCACAAAAGAAGGAGCGCUUACUUGCGCCGAAGCCAACCCUCAUGCCAAACGUAGACACAAGUAUGACAGAGGCUCCUGCUUUUCCUCAGUCUUUUCAGGUACCAACAGAAGAUUCGUUUGCACCUCUCAAUGUUGGUGGUGUGGACCCCGGCCUUUUGCUCACUCGUCCUCCUUCAUCGAGUAUGGAGCUAGCUACUUUCGACCCAAUGGCACAGCCAAUUUUGAUGGAUUCGCUGCCAUCUCCUCAGCUCCCACCACCGCCUGCGAGGGAACUAAAACGUGCACAGAUACGGCGCUCAGCCAGCUCCAGAGAAAUCGGCAAGACCAAGAAAGAUGAGCGAACUAGUCCCCCUCUCCUAGCUUCAAGUCGCCCAGGGCUUCUCCGUAGUGCUAGUGAAACGAGGGGACGGAAACCUACCAGUCGAGCUGGAGUCUCGACCAGCCUGGCACCAUCUGGCCGCAAUGGUCUCUCAACAAAUAACAGAUCAGCUUCCCAAGGUUCUCGGACGAGUGGGCGAACAUCACCACUUAAGAUCCAUCAGCGGCUUUCCAGUUUGAGCUCCAUUCCGGAACACAGCGGCCCUCGGACCCGCACGUCUGUACGAUUUACAAUUGAUUCUCGAGGUCGGGCUCGUGCUGAGACAACCGUCAUUGUUGACGAGGAGCAACAAACGCCCACAGGUAGACGUCAGCGGAGAGAAGAGAAGAAAGAUUGGGAGUCUUCUGAUGAUGAAUCUUCAUCAACAGACGAGGAGCCUAUUAUCAUUCCGAGCAGAAAUUCUUCGUUUGCACUGCCAGAAUCUAAGGCGCCAUCGUAUAUUCGCCCUGCCCAUACAACUCACCGAAGUUUCAGUGAUCAGAGCACCAGUAGCCUGGGGAUUUAUUAUGCCGAACCCAACUCUUCCCAGGGUGACCCUGACAGUGACGCGGAAACCAUUAUGAAUGUAGCAAUCAAUCAUAGCAAUAACCGAGGCGAUGCCAUGAGUGAGCUGCGGAAAGUGCGCGAGAAGCGACAGAGACGAGUCCCGAUUCUUGCUACUAGCAAUCUCCCCAUGUCAGGCGCACCCUUUAGCGCAAGUGCCACGAUCUCCAGCCAGUCAACAGACCGCGGUAAUCAAAUCCGGUGUGUCUGCAACACCACCCUGAGCCAUAUCAAUGGAGAUGGCUAUAUGGUGCAAUGUGAAUCAUGUGAGAUGUGGCUGCAUGGGAAAUGCAUAAAGAUUACUCGACAAACGUUACCACGAGUAUAUAUAUGUGCUUUCUGUGCCAAUACACCAAACGCGCAGGGCGUACGUGGCCGAGGAGCCCAGAGAGGCGUGGCAGGGCUGAACCCUCGCACGUCCACGACGUCUCCGUUAGCACGCAAGACGUCUUGGUGUGUAGUCGAUCGCGGGGCACACUCGAUCGAGCUUCACAGAGCUCCAGCUUCGGAGCUUGUUUCUAUUUAUCUGUCUAACGCAUCAUCUCUCCUCUCGCAUCCUACCAUUUACAUCAUGGCGCCGUUUAAUAUUGUCGUCUUCGGAGGCGAUCAUGCGGGCCCCGAGGUUGUGGCCGAAGCUGUAAAGGUCCUCCAGGCUGUAGAAUCAAAUAGCUCCUCUGGAGUCCAAUUUAAUCUGCAAGAACAUUUGCUCGGUGGUUGCUCUAUCGAUGCCCACGGCACCCCUCUCACAGACGCCGCCCUCGACGCCGCCAAGGCCGCUGAUGCGGUAUUGCUCGGCGCCAUCGGAGGUCCGAAAUGGGGCACGGGCAAGUACUCGCCCCUCAAAGCCGAGGUGUGCAAGGGCACCGACUUCACCAUCGUGCGCGAGCUGACGGGCGGAGACGGCACGGCCAUGGACACGGAGCCGUACUCACGGCCCGAGAUUGAGCGCAUCACGCGCUUGGCCGCGCACCUAGCCCUUGCGCGCAACCCGCCCGCCCCCGUAUGGAGUCUCGACAAGGCCAACGUGCUCGCCACGAGCCGGCUGUGGCGCAAGGUCUUCACCGAGGUCAUGGAGAAGGAGUUCCCGCAGCUGGAGUUUCACCACCAGCUCAUCGAUAGUGCGGCCAUGAUCAUGGUCAAGAACCCCCGAGGUCUCAACGGUGUCGUCGUCACGAGCAAUCUGUUCGGCGACAUCAUCAGCGACGAGGCUAGCGUUAUCCCUGGUAGUAUCGGCCUGAGCCCCAGCGCGAGCUUGAGUGGUAUUCCCGACGGCAAGAGUCGAUGCAAUGGGAUCUACGAGCCUAUCCAUGGCUCAGCCCCGGAUAUUUCAGGCCAGGGUAUAGUGAACCCCAUCGGAACGAUUCUAUCGGUGGCCAUGAUGUGCCGGUAUUCCCUCCGAUUGCCCAAGGAGGCCGAGGCCAUCGAGAAGGCCGUUGAGGCCGUGCUAGAUGGCGGUGCCAGGACCAAGGACCUUGGCGGUAACUUGGGCACGAAAGAGAUGGGCGAUGCGGUUGUCGCUGAACUUGUCAAGAUAUUGAAGGCAUAG